AUGGAACUAGCUCGAUCAAAACGAGAAAUAUUUGUAUUACAACGGAAAUAUACAUUGGACCUGUUAAAGAAAACAGGUAUGCUUGGUUGCAAAUCCAUAAUAUUUGUGUUACAACGGAAAUAUACAUUGGACCUGUUGAAGAAAACAGGUAUGCUUGGUUGCAAAUCCAUCGAUACUUCAAUGGAUCCCUACAAGAAGAUCAACACUGAGAAAAAUAGCGCAACUGUGGAUAGGGGGAGAUACCAGCGACUCGUGGGGCGACUCAUCUAUCUCUCACAAACACGACUCGACAUUGGUUUUUCUGUUAGUAUUGUUAGUCAAUUCAUGAACAGCCCUACGGAAGAACACAUGAAUGCAGUCUACAGAAUCUUGAGAUACCUCAAGAUGACUCUAGGCAAAGAGCUAUUGUUUCAAAGGAAUAAGGAUCGAAGUAUAGAAGUGUAUUCAGACGCAGACUGGGCAGAGAAUGUCUCGGACCGACGAUCGACUUCCGGCUAUUGCACUUAUGUCUGGGGAAACCUAGUCACUUGGAGAAGCAAAAAACAAUCUGUGCUAUCAAGAAACAGCGCUGAAAAUAAUCUGCGAAGGAAUGUGGAUUCGAAGAAUACUCAGCGAACUCGGAAUGCUAACUGA